GUGAACCACUCUUGCUCCACAAAAAGCAAGACAAACUAGGACAGAAAACAAAAGAAGAAACAACAAUGGAAAUUCCAAUAAUUGAUCUAUCCAUGAAAAAUAGGAUAGAAUUGUCCAAACAAGUGGUGAAGGCUUGUGAGGAAUUUGGAAUUUUCAAAGUUGUUAAUCACAAUGUUCCAAGAGAGGUGGUUGUAAGAAUGGAAGAGGAAGGUGCUGAGUUCUUUGCCAAAAGCAACUCGGAGAAGCAACUAACAAAGCCUUUUGGCUAUGGAUGCAAGAACAUUGGCAACAAUGGCGAUGUUGGUGAACUUGAGUAUCUCCUUUUUCCCACCAAUCCUCUCUUUAUUUCUGAAUCUUCCAAAUCUAUCUCCAAUCAUCCAAACAAGUUCAGGUAUCUAUGUCCUCACCUCAUUUUAAAAUUAGGUCAAAAUCUUAUAUGCAUCAUAUUUAUAAGUAUGUCUAAUUUUGAUGUACAGACAAUUAUACACUAUAUAUAUAUGAAAAUAACUACAUUGAUGAAUUGCAGCGAUGCUAUGAAUAAUUAUAUAGAAGGAGCCAAAGGAGUAGCAUGCGAGAUUCUUAAACUUGUGGUAGAGGGUUUGGGGGUCCAAGACAAGUUUGCACUUAGCAAACUAAUCAAAGACGUAGAAAGUGACUCAUUGCUGAGGAUCAAUCACUACCCUCCCAGCAUGACUACGGAUUCGGAGAUGGACCCAUGUGCUACUGGUAACACCAACAAUACCAUUGGCUUUGGGGAACACUCUGACCCUCAGAUCCUCACCAUCAUGCGCUUCAACGACGUCGCCGGCCUCCAGGCCACCACCCACGACGGCAUCUGGUUCACUGUCCCUCCUGACCCGCAUAACUUCUUCGCAUUGGUCGGCGAUGCCCUCCAGGUUUUUACAAACGAAAGAUUUACAAGCGUGAGACACAGGGUGCAGAUCACUGAUACAUUGAAGGCUCGAACCUCAAUAAUGUACUUCGGAGCACCCCCAUUAAACUGCUUGAUCACUCCGCUGCCAGAGAUGGUGAAACCACCACAAAACCCAAGUCGAUAUAAGCCCUUUACAUGGGAUGAUUACAAAAAAGCUAUGUACUCUUGUAGACUUGGGGACUCUAGGCUUGACCCGUUUAAGGUUCAUAAUGACUAGUGUAAAACCAGGGCGUAAGGCCAAAUGUAGAUUAAUUGUAAAAAUUUAUUAGUGUAUGUUCGUUAAUAUUAAUAAUUAUUUUUAUUCUUAAAAAAAUUUUGUGAAAAAAAAUCUA